CUUCCCCCAUGUAACUCUCUGCAGCGAAUCUGUCAUUUACUCCAGAGAGGAGAUGAGGGGUGAAGGAGUUGUGCUGUGCUGCCUGCUGCUGGCCGGCCUGUGUGCAGCAGGAGGCGUGGAUGAAAGACCUCUGGUGGGUACGCGGUACGGCAAACUGCAUGGCAAAACGGUGACAGUCAAGGAAACGGACAGACAGGUUCAUGCCUUCUAUGGGGUCCCUUUCGCUAAGCCUCCAGUGGGACCGCUACGUUUUGCAGCAUCAGGACCCCCAGAAAGAUGGAAUGGGGUGAGAGAGGCCACCGAACAGCCACCCAUGUGUCUGCAGAGCGUGGAAAUUAUGGAAAAACUUAAAGAUAUGGUCAAAGCUAAACUCCAGAUCCCACCCACAUCUGAGGACUGCCUGUACCUCAACGUCUUCGCUCCGGCUGACCGCGGACAAAAGGCCAAACUACCGGUGAUGGUGUUUAUUCAUGGAGGCGGAUUAAUUAUGGGAGGAGCCAUAAUGUUUGAAGGUUCUGCGCUGAGUGCCUAUGAAAAUGUCAUCAUCGUAUCCAUCCAGUACCGCCUGGGGAUUCUAGGAUUCUUGAGCUCCGGGGACAGCCAAGCUCCAGGAAAUUAUGGAUUCCUAGAUCAGGUGGAGGCGCUGCGCUGGGUACAAGAGAACAUCGCAGAUUUCGGGGGUGACCCAGACUCUGUCACCAUAUUUGGAGAGUCUGCUGGUGGGAUCAGUGUCUCUGCAUUGGUCUUGUCCCCACUAGCCAAGGGCUUGUUCCACCGAGCCAUCGCUGAGAGCGGUACGGCCCUUCUUCCAGGGCUGAUCACCAAGUCUGCUGAUGAGACCAUCUUUGUGCGGAAUAUAAUCGCAAACAUUUCUGGCUGUGAUCUGGCGUCAUUGGUGGAUUGUAUGAAGGCGAAAUCUGAAGAGGAAAUCCUUUCCAUAAGUGCUACUUUGAAAUUUGUGUCUCCCCCAGCCACCGUGGAUGGCGUCUUCUUCCCAAAAUCCGCAGAGCAGAUCUUGGCUGCAAAAGAAAGCAAUCCGGUUCCGUUUAUAACGGGCGUGGUGGAGCAGGAAUUUGGCUGGAUUCUCCCUUUGGGCAUGGAUAUGAGUGGAUUGGAGGAAGGAAUGAAUAGAGAAACGGUAACCAUUGCGCUACAAAGCAACCCCAUGCUGGGAUCAUUAGGCGCUAUCAUCCCGCUGCUGAUUGAGGAAUAUUUGGGAGAUGAGACGGAUCCCGCUGAGAUCCGAAACCGCUUCCUGGACCUGUGUGGAGACUUCGUAUUUGUAAUGCCGGCCCUAAAAACUGCGAAAUAUCACAGAGAUUCUGGAUAUCCCGUCUACUUCUACGAGUUGCGCCGUCGUCCAUUUAUCUUUAAAGAUAUUAAGCCGGAUUAUGUGAAGGCCGACCAUGGCGAUGAGCUUUUCUUUGUGAUUGGAGGACCCUUCCUCCCUGAAGAUACACUCUUUGCAGGCCAGACAGAGGAAGAUGAAAAGGUUCUCAGUAAGAACAUCAUGAAAUAUUGGGCCAACUUCGCUCGGACCGGUGACCCCAAUGGACCCGGCCUGGCUGAGUGGCCGCGGUAUGACCAGGAUGAAGAUUAUCUGCAGAUUGAUAUUCACCCGAAACAGAAAGCCGCCCAGAGACUGAAAGACACAAAAUAUGAAUUUUGGUACAAAAUUCUCCCAGAGAAAAUCCAGAAGAUGGCACAGGAGGCAGCGGAGCAUGGAGGUGAGGAUGGAAGGCCCCUGGUGGGUACACGGUACGGCAAACUGCUCGGCAAAACGGUGACGGUCAAAGAAACGGACAGAUCGGUGCAUGCCUUCUAUGGGAUCCCCUUCGCUGAGCCUCCGGUGGGACCGCUACGUUUUGCAGCGUCAGGACCCCCAAAAGCCUGGAAUGGGGUGAGAGAGGCCACCGAACAGCCACCCAUGUGUCUGCAGAGCACGGAUAUCGUAAAAAGUAUGAUAGAAAUGUUCAAAGCCAAACUUACCCUCCCAGCCACAUCCGAGGAUUGCUUGUACCUCAAUAUCUUCACUCCGGCUGACCGCGGACAGGACGCCAAUCUACCGGUGAUGGUGUUCAUUCACGGUGGUGCAUUAGCUAUAGGAGGAGCCUUUAUGUGUGAGGGUUUUGCGCUGAGCGCCCACGAAAAUGUCAUUGUUGUUUCCAUCCAGUACCGCCUGGGGAUUACGGGAUUCUUCAGCUCCGGGGACAGCAAAGCUCCAGGAAAUUAUGGAUUCCUGGAUCAGGUGGAGGCACUGCACUGGGUACAAGAGAACAUCGCAGAUUUCGGGGGCAAUCCAGACUCUGUCACCAUAUUUGGAGAGUCCGCUGGUGGGAUGAGUGUCUCUGCAUUGGUCUUGUCUCCACUAGCCAAGGGCUUGUUCCACCGAGCCAUCGCUGAGAGCGGUACGGCCCUUGUUCCAGGGAUGUUCACCAAGGCUGCCGAGGAGACCAUCUUUGUGCGGAAUAUAAUCGCCAACAUUUCCGGCUGUGAUCUGGCGUCAUUGGCGGAUUGUCUGAAAGCAAAAUCUGAAGAGGAAAUUCUCUCCAUAAGUUCUACUAUGAAAUUUGUGACUCCCCCAGUAACUGUUGAUGGCGUCUUCCUCCCAAAACCCGCAGAGCAGAUCUUGGCGGAAAAAGAGAACAAUCCGGUUGAGUUUAUGACUGGUGUGGUGGAGCAGGAAUGCGGUUGGGUUCUCCCGACGGCAAUGAAUAUGACUGAAUUGUUGGAAGGAAUGGAUAAAGAGACUGCAUCCUCCUGGAUGCAGAGCAACCCCUUCAUGGGAUCAUUAGGAGCCGCCAUCCCGCUGCUGGUCGAAGAAUAUGUUGGGGGUGAGGCAGAUCCCGUUGAAGUCCGAAACAGAAUACUGGACCUGUGUGGAGACCUCAUUUUUGUAAUGCCGGCCCUGAAAACUGCAAAAUAUCACAGAGAUUCUGGAUAUCCCGUCUACUUCUACGAGUUCCGCCGUCGUCCAUCUCUCUUUAAAGACAUGAAGCCUGAUUUUGUGAAGGCCGACCAUGGCGAUGAGGUUUUCUUUGUGAUUGGAGGACCCUUCCUCAGUGACGGUAUUCUAUUUUCAGGCCAAUCAGAGGAAGACGAAAAGGUCCUCAGUAAAAACGUCAUGAAAUAUUGGGCCAACUUCGCUCGGACCGGUAACCCCAAUGGACCCGGCCUGGCUGAGUGGCCGCGGUUUGACCAGGAUGAAGAUUAUUUGCAGAUUGAUAUUCACCCGAAACAGAAGGCCGCUCAGAGACUGAAAGACGCAAAAUAUGACUUUUGGUACAAAAAACUCCCAGAGAAAAUCCAAAAGAUAUCAGAGGAGAAGGCGGAGCACAGCGAAUCUCUGCCAGUAUUACAUGUACAUCAUACGCCUCUUUCUCCCAACACUUACACAACCAUGGGAGCUCUGAUCCCCGUCCUCCUCCUGUACGCUUCCAUCCAGGUGACUUGUGGGACAGCAGAUGGCGGUAGACUUGUGGUGGACACAAGUUAUGGAAAACUUAAGGGGACAACGCUCAAGGUUAAAGAGACGGACAGAACCGUGGACGCGUUCUAUGGAAUCCCCUUUGCAAAGCCACCGGUGGGGCCGCUUCGGUUUGCAGCACCAGAACCGCCUGAACCCUGGGAGUCAGUGAGAGAAGCCACAGAAAACCCACCCAUGUGUCCCCAGAAUGCAGAACAUUUUGAACAAAUGCUGAAAGUCGUCGAUAUGGUGGUGACUCUUCCUCCCACAUCUGAGGACUGUCUGUACCUGAAUGUCUUCACUCCAUCAGACCGACGUGACAACGCCAAGCUACCUGUCAUGGUGUUCAUACAUGGCGGGGGGCUGGUAAUGGGGACCGCCGCUAUGCAUGAUGGCUCCGCAAUCAGCGCUUAUGAAAACGUGGUGCAAGUGGUGAUCCAGUACAGACUGGGAAUUCUGGGAUUCCUCAGCACCGGAGAUGGGCAGAAGGCCUCUGGAAACUACGGACUAAUGGACCAGGUAGCGGGUCUGCAGUGGAUUCAGCGGAAUAUAAAGGAUUUUGGGGGUGACCCCGGGUCUGUCACUAUAUUCGGGGAGUCAGCGGGUGCAAUCAGCGUCUCUGCACUGGUCCUCUCCCCCAUGGCCCGGGGUUUGUUUCAUCGCGCUAUCGCACAAAGCGGAGUGGCCAUAAUGAAGGGGUUCAUGGUCAGCUCGCCAAAGGAGGUCAUUUUCUUUAGAGAUUUUGUGGCUAAUUUGUCGGGAUGUGAGCCGUCCUCUCUGGUGGACUGUCUACGGAUCAAGUCGGAGCAAGAGAUCUCUUCUAUUAUGUCCAACUCGAAUUUCUUACCGAUACCAGCCUGUGUGGAUGGAGUUUUCCUGCCUAAACCUGCAGAGGAGAUAUUGGCUGCCAAAGAAAACAGCAAAGUGCCAUUUAUCAUCGGCAUUAAUGUACAGGAAUUUGGCUGGAUUGCCUCACAGGGUAUGGGAGCUGAUUACUUGAAUGGACUGCCGAAGGAAUCAAUCCAAUCGGAGAUGAGACGUUCUCCAUUUCUGGGUGAGAUCUCCGGUCUGGAUUACACAUUGCUGGAUGAAUACUUCGGGAGCGCGGACGACCCCCUGGAAAACCGAGAUCACUUUCUAGACCUGCAGGGCGAUGUCAUGUUUGUCAUGCCUUCACUGAAGAUAGCAAAACUUCACAGAGAUUCCGGAGCCCCAGUCUACUUCUAUGAAUUCCAGCGCCGCCCAUCCUUCUAUGGGGACAGAAGACCGCCGUGGGUGAAGGCCGACCACGCAGAUGAAAUGGCGUUCGUGUUCGGAGGUCCCUUCGUGAGAGACGGCAUUCUCUAUAAAUCAUACAAUUAUCCAGAGGAGGAGAAGAAACUCAGCAAAACCAUGAUGAACUACUGGGCCAACUUUGCUCGAACGGGUGACCCAAACGGGCCUGGCCUGGCUCACUGGCCACAGUACAGCCAGGAUGAAGACUAUCUUCAGAUAGAUAUUCAGCAGAAACCAGGGCAGAGACUGAAGGACAGAAAAUACAAUUUCUGGACCAAAGUUCUCCCCGAGAAGAUCCGUAAGAUGUCGGAGGAGGACGAAGUGCAUGCCGAACUGUAGAACUUUCCAGACAUUCCCAGAAAAACAGAAGUGAUCACUCCACACUCUUCACAGAAAAAUACCAAGUGUCACUAAAGACUGAUAAUUCAGUUCUGUGUCGAGGUUAAUUUACUUAAUUUACUAAAGGCAAAAAAACUGUGCACUUUGCAAAAUGCAGUUGCACUUCUGUGUUGAUGUUCUGGAGACAACCCAUAAUUUGUGAUUUUCUUUCAGUUUCAAUGAUGACGGCAAACAGGACACCUAGAGAGGGUGAAUCACUCUAAUGGGAGCACAAACAGCAAUAAAAACAUAUAAUAAUCAAA